ACCAGAGAGGUCUCCUGUCUUUGUCCUCAAUAACCUGUUAUUAUACAGCACAAGAAUCUAGUAAAUGAACAAUUGUUUCAAACAUGAACUCAGCAGUGCUGACUCUGCUGUUCAUAAUAUGCAUCAGUUAUGGUAAAGGAACUCCAGUUAUUGAACCUACUUGGACCAAACUUGUAGGCAAAGGGGAAUCGGUACAGUUCACCUGCUCGGGGAAUGGCACAGGGAAAUGGACAACAUUCACCAAAUCACAAAUGAAACAUGUUAAACUAAUUGGUAACAGCAGUGUUGUGCAAAUUAGCGCAGCCUUAUACAGUGACACUGGGACCUACACAUGUGAGGAAAACCACGGUAAUGCUUCUAAGACAACAUCAGUGCACUUGUUUGUAAAAGAUCCACGGCAAUACUGGUAUGCACCACGUGGAAGAAUCGCUGCUACAGAGUACUCAAAUGUUACUAUAGAUUGCUUGAUAACUGAUCCAUCUAUAUAUCAGGUUUAUCUCAAGAAGAAAGAUAAAAAUAAACAAAAUGUAUCAUUCAGCGAUACAAAAGGAUUUACAAUACAUAAUGUGCAAAAGGAUGAUGAGGGAGCAUACGUUUGUGUAGCCAUGGUGAAUGGCCAGCCCAAGUCUUCAAGCAGCAUAGACCUUAGGGUAAAGGAAGCACCAAAGUAUCCUCCUUCAGUUACUCUGGAAUCUGCAGGUCUAAUCCGAAUACAAGGAGAACCCACCUAUUUCACAUGCCAAGCAACUAGUUACACACCUCUUGAAAUAAAAUGGGAAACACCUGAAAAAAAAGAUGUCAGUGGUGAAGGGCUGGGAGACAAUGUGAUCAACUCUAUUUGGAACACUAACUCCAAACUACGAAUUGCAUCAGUUAAUCUAACUGAUAGUGGAAAUUACACUUGCAUUGGAAAAAAUGGAGCAGGAAACACGAGACGUUCUACAUUUCUCCAAGUUUUAGAAAAGGGCUUUGUAAAACUCUCUACUUUUCAAAACAGCAGUAUUGCAGUGACAGUUGGAAAGAAUUUGGAUCUGCAGGUACAAAUUGACGCGUACCCAAAUCUCACGAAUGCAAUUUGGUUACAUAACCAUCUUGAGAAUAGCACAGCUUCUAAAGGGGAAAUGCUGAUCAUGGGAAGUUACAGGAAUGAGAGCAUACUAAGCCUGAAAAAGUUAAAGGAAAAUGAGAGUGGGAAUUACACCUUUUUGGCCAACAAUUCAGAAGCCACCGCUUCCAUAACCUUUGAAAUAAUUGUGCAAUAUCCACCAAGGGCCAAAAUAAGUUUAGUUUAUUUCACUGAUGAAACAGAACUGAAGUGCAAGGCAUGGGGCAAUCCACUUCCAACAAUUGAAUGGUACCGGUGUCCUAGUCAAGCAUGCACAGAGAACAGGACAGUCCUGUUAACAGGCAACAAGACAACAGUGGAACGUGCAGAAGAAGUGGAAAGUGUUCUAAAGCCUGAAGGGAACCUGGACAAAUAUACCAUUUUCUGUAAAGCUCAUAACUUCCUGGGAUCAGAUUCUGCAGAAACAACAUUGCCGCGUAUAGAAGCGGUGAUGAUGGGACCUCCGUUUCCUAACACAUUAUUCAUAACUGCUAUUGUUGUAGCAGCGCUCCUUCUCCUGCUCUCCAUCUUUCUGUAUUACAAAUACAAACAGAAACCCAAAUAUGAAGUUCGUUGGCAAAUAGUACAAGUUGGUGAAGGCAACCAUUAUACUUGUAUUGAUCCAACUCAGCUACCAUACAACGAGAAAUGGGAAUUUCCGAGAGCUAACCUGCAUUUUGGAAAAACUUUAGGUGCCGGAGCUUUUGGGAAGGUGAUUGAAGCUACAGCUUUUGGGAUGGGCAAAGAUGACUCUGCCCUAAAAGUUGCUGUGAAGAUGUUAAAACCCAGUGCCCAUACCGAUGAGGUUGAAGCUCUCAUGUCAGAGCUGAAGAUUCUGAGUCAUUUAGGUCACCACCAGCACAUUGUCAACCUGCUCGGGGCUUGCACUUCCGGAGGCCCAAUACUUGUGAUUACUGAGUACUGUCAAUAUGGAGACUUGCUGAAUUUUCUGAGGAAGAAAGCGGAUGCUAUGAAUGACCUUUUCAUAGUAUCUAGUGAUUACAAAAAUAUGUCCAUGGAAACAGAAAGAUUUUUCAUUUUUAGUGACAGUGGAUUUUCAAGUCAGGACCUGAAUAAUUAUAUUGAAAUGAAACCUGUCUCUAGGAACUCCAAUUCAAUUCCAGAUGAUUCUUUCUCUGAGGAAGUAGACACAGAAGAUAAUUUGCCUCUGGAUCUUUAUGACCUUCUACAUUUUUCCCUUCAAGUUGCUCAGGGAAUGUCAUUUUUAGCAUCCAAAAGUUGUAUUCAUCGUGAUGUUGCAGCGAGGAAUGUCCUGGUUACACAAGGACGUAUUGCCAAGAUCUGCGACUUUGGCCUGGCCAGAGACAUUGAAAAUGACUCUAAUUAUGUUGUCAAAGGCAAUGCUCGUCUACCAGUAAAGUGGAUGGCUCCUGAAAGCAUCUUUGAUUGUAUCUACACAGUACAGAGUGAUGUGUGGUCUUAUGGAAUACUGCUAUGGGAGAUCUUUUCACUUGGCAGAAGUCCUUAUCCUGGCAUUCUUGUCAAUCGAAAGUUUUACAAGCUGAUAAAGGAGGGCUACAAGAUGGAUUGUCCAAACUACUCUCCAUUAGAUGUAUAUCGCAUAAUGAAAGCUUGCUGGAAUUUGGAGCCUACACGGCGCCCAACGUUUAAUGAGAUCAGCUGUCUCAUAAAUAAGCAAAUGAGCAUGAUCAAAGAACAGGACUAUGCCAAUAUCUCACAGACAGAGGAAGAACAGGAGUGUCAGGAUACAAAGUGUGAAGCAGAGCACAAACUCAUUGUGGGAAAUAAUUACCAGUUUUGUUAGCCAUUUUACGAUCUAACAAAUCAUGGUGAUGUAAACAUCUUUGUUAGUGCUUGAGUUUUACUAUGAUUCUAGUACUUACAAUUCAGGGCAUUAUAUACUAUACAUUAAGCUAAUCAAGAUAUAUGUAUAUACUCUCACUACCCUGUAUUACUGAGAGUUGUAUAUAUAAAUGUAGCAGUAAAGUCACACCCACUGGAAAUGUAUUGUUUAUAUCCUACUGUUUUUUCACAUUUUGUAAAAAUGUUUUGAUUUCCCGACUGACAUAAUUCAUACUGCUGCCUACGGACUCCGACAAAUGGGGUUACCAGUGGAUUUGCUUCAUCUAUCUAGUUGAACAUUCAACAAAAAAAAGAAAAUAGUAAAAUGUUUGAACUUUUGCAGCACUGUAUGUACUGACAUCCAUUUUAAUCUGCUGAGGGGCUUAAGUACGUUCAUCAUACAAAAAGGACUAUUACACUCCAAAAUGUUCCAUCAAGCAUUUGAAAUGAAACAUUUAAACACAUGUUCAUUCUUUGUGACUGAAAAGUAUUGAAAUAAAAGGGGAUUAAAUGUAAACUGAA